AAACAUUAAUAACGCCGGACUCAAUUUUGAACAUUGAAGUAUUCCAAAAUAAUGUCAAUUGGGGGAAUCUCCAGGAGUACAACUGAUACUGAACACUCGACGGCAUCUUCUACUUCGCGCGUAUCGUGUCAUUCGCGUGAUAACUCGAUAACCACGGGUCUUUAAGUAAAUAUCUAGUUUCAUUCCUUUGUUACGUCAUAUCAACCGUGCGUUUUUCAGAUUAGAAAGUCAAAACAGGUCGCCCGCGGAAGCGCAGCAAAACACAAAAUGUCUCCAAAAUAUUUCCUUCUCCUUCUCUCUGUCAGUUUCGCUGUUGAAAUUGUCUCUGGAUCAACCACAGACAAGGCGACAUCCACAGUGAUACCCGCAGCGACAUCCGAAACGACAUCCGAGGCGACACCCGCAACGACACGCACUCCCUCCCUGUCCUCUGUGAACAUCGUGUCAACAUCGUCCCAUGUCUCAGGUACUUCUGCAGUUCAACUGCAGCCCUCUAGCACUUCAUCCCCAUCAUCGUCUUCAGUGUCUACUGGUGCCACUGUAACCCAGUCCACGAAACAACCCACGACGUCAGAUUUGAGUGCUAAAGCCAAGACUAUUGGAGGACUGGAAAUAAUGGGAUUUGCCAUCCUUACCAUCCUUGGCAUCAUGGUAACAACCUUUGCAAUUUACUACUUCUUCUUCCGGGAGCGGAUGUGUCCAGAAUCCAUGAAUCCACCAAAGGUGCACACGAACGGGCAGGCGCCAGCGGAAGUUGGGAUAACCCACAUGGGGUUUGUUGGGGAUGCUCAGAGUCCAACCAAAGUUGCAGCCCCUGAGCCGGAAGUAAAAGUCGUCAGUGGACCGGAAGUUACGCCUGUGGCCAAGGGAAAUGAAGGACCUGUAGAUAGUGCCUUGUAAGCACAGGACUGACAAAUGACUAUGCCAGCCUCGUUUUCAAAACGCAAAUUCUCUUAACUGGUAUCAGUAAAUUUUAAGGGGCGUCAGUUGGGAGAAUUUAAGAGGGUCUGGAUGGGAUGUUGGAAUCUCAGUUAUCAAUCACAUUUUCAGUUCAUUUUCUAGCCUGUUUAUAAGUGAAUUUUGUAGAUCCUGGUCAGAUUUCAACUUUAAGUUAAAAAAUCCAGGACAUUUCUCAGCUGAUAGUUCAAAUCUUGUCCAAUUCUUACCUAUCAGACUAGUUAAACCCCAUUUACAGUCUCAUUUAACUUCUUGUUUUUUCGGUUUCGAAUAGGAACUUAAAACUCAAUUCGUAGGCAAUGCGUAUUCAUGUAUUAGUAAUCCUUUAAGAGAUAGUUAGAAUUAUAUGUUAGUAGUCUCAGAGUGCGCUGAAAUGGAGAAAUUUAGCGUUCGGUUUAAUACGUACCCCCCAGUUUUUCCUCUCGGCGGCCCGGGGCCUGAAACGAGUUAACUUCUUUACCAAUGCAGUUACAGCUGGUUCUGUUCUAUCAACGGCGUUUUUUUCUUUAAUUUCUUGUACGAAAAACAGAAGAUUGAAAUAGAAUAAACAUGUAUUCUUCCAUACACACGUCAUUAAAAUAACAAGUUAUUUUUA